AAUGCAGGAUCCUUAACCUGUUGUGCCACAGUGAGAACUCCUGUACACAUUUUGUGCUCGGGAAAUAUAAAUGGCAGUAAUAUCAACCCCAAAGAAAAGGUAAAUGUUGUAAUUGGUGUAAUAUCUCAGAGUAACAUUAACAAAAUCAUUGCAUUUAUACGAAGUGGUAACAUCCAUUGUUGCCCGUUUUUACAAUUACUUGAGAACCUUCUAUGUUUGGUUGCUGGAAUGUUGCCAUGUCACAUUCUUUGUUGGGCGGAGUGGUGAACUGUGGAAUCAUUGGCAACCCAGGACAUCCAGGCUUGGGACGAGGCUAUCUGAGAAAGUCUGCAGUGUAUUGAAGCCACACUCAACAUGGACCAGAAGGUUCUGAAGAAACUGGUGGAAUCCAUCAGUAGUACUGUCGAGAGCUUCAAAAAGAGUGAAGUCGAGUGUCUCAUAAGAAUUUUUUACAGCUUGGUGGAAAGAGCUGAUGUAAGACUCGAUAACAUUGGACUAGAUUGUAAUGCAUUUCAAAUGAUCCUGCAUAACAUAUUCGGAAUGACUGAUGAUGUACUGAUGAAUAGAGUGUUUUUUGCAUUUGACAAAGACAAUGAUAACCUCAUAAAUGCGAAAGAGUGGGUUAAAGGAUUAUCAGUGUUUCUUCGAGGGACUUUUGAAGAAAAGCUGAAGUUCUGUUUUGAAGUUUACUAUUUCAAUGGUGAUGGUUAUAUUUCUCGAGAGAAAAUAUUUGACAUGUUGAAGAACAGUCUACACCAACAGUCACCUGAAGAAGAGACUGAUGAAGGAAUAACAGAGUUGGUAGAUAUAACACUGAAGAAAAUGGUAAGAAUAAAAAACUAUAGUGCAUUAUAUCCAUUCAAGUGGAUACCAGAUAAAGUUAAAAGUGAUGAAAUGAUUUAUAUUCUUUCUUUCUUUUUUGUCUUUUGUCUUUUUAGGGCCGCACUGUGACACA